GACUGUGAUUGCGUUUCUUCGCGGAUCUCUGGAGGGAGCUGCAGGCAGUGAGAUCACAUCCUCGCGAUGCAGCUGCCAGCGAGUCAUAGAGCGAAUACUAGUUCAUAACUCCGGCUCAAAUCUGCGACAUACGCGCCAGCCUUUCGGGACUACCGCGUAGCGACAAAUACACGCUUCGAUUUCAGAUUCUACACGCAGGUUCUUCCAGUCAUUCGUGGCUAUGGAAUGCGGUUUCACUUAAAUACCUCCCCCUUCUUCUUGGUGGGCUCUCGCAUUUUGUCUCGGCUCGUUGUGUUGGAUCUAUCGGUUCAGUGUGUGCGACCGAGCGCGAUGUGGGCCAGGAACGAUUUUGAGGACGGAUUCGACGCUUAUAAGAUAGGUUCGAGCACGUCCUCUCCUGGAUGGGUCCCAGGCUGCGACUCGGCAUGGCAAGCUUCUUCUUCCGCCACUGGCAUUAGCAGCCGCGGGCGACGUCACAGCGCUGCCUCGGACAGUGGCGAUACCGGCAUCGGGACCUCGUGUUCUGACAGCGUAGAAGACCACUCCAGUUCCAGCGGCACAUUGUCCUUCCAGCCUCUGCGCUCGCAAGGUCCCAUCCCCACGGCCCACGUCAUGCCAUCUCCGUCCAGCUCCAAACUCAGCGCGCCCUCUGCCCCCACCAGCCCCUGGAGCAGCUGCCAGCUCCCUUCUUCCCUCGACAGCCCCCUGGACAUGAAAGACCCCCGGCCGGUGCGCCGCUGGUCCUCCCUGACCCGUCUCACCGGCCAGGAAAAGUCCACCCCUUCCGGGAGACCGUCGUACCGCAUGGACCCUCACGGCUCCCUGGAUCGCAGUGUGCUCUACGGCUACCGACAGGACCCUCUUUAUUCAGACGGCUAUCUCUCUGAGAGCCUGCACAAACUUUCCACCAACUCUGACUUUACUAAAUAUGACCUGGGCAGCAGUAACACCCUGGGUAAAACGGACUCGUCUUGCUCCUCUCCGCUCAAGCCCAGCACGUUAGACCUCACCUAUAGUGCCUUACCAGAGAGCAAAACGCCCACCAUCGGCCUGGCCGGGCCUGGGCAGAGAGGUCCCACACUCAGGCACCAGGCCGUGGGAGGGUCGCCCAUCCAGCCGGCCGUACGGACUCAGAUGUGGCUGAGCGAGCAGAUGGAGUACCGGCCCGGACCGGAGGGAUGCGGAUCGUGGCAGCAGGAACAGCAGCAGCGAGAGCGACUACGACAGGAAACAGAACUCCCACAGAUGCUGGGUGGAACGUCUCUCCCUGUCAAUACCCUGGUAAAGAUUAAGGAGGGACUCCUGAGGCAGAGGGAACUGGAGAUUGACCGGCAAAAGCAGCAAAUCCUCCAGCUUCACGCAAGGAUCAGGGAAAACGAGUUAAGGGCACAGCAAGUCCUCCAAAACCAGAGGGGGCGCUACGAUGACUCGUAUCUGCUCAAAGCUAAGGACUCUCCGUAUGACAGUCCGGUAUCCAGCCAGAGUCCGAAAUCCCAGCUGCCGGAGCGCGUGAGCCCACUGUGCUGUGAGAACGGAGAGCUGGGCCGAAAAUUAGCCGCGGCAGAGCUGGAGGUCAUCCACCUCAGCGAAUUUCUCAAACAAAACACACAGAAAUACACUGAGGAUAUCAAGAAACUGGAGGAAAAGAUGAAAACACGUGACCGCUACAUCAGCAGUCUGAAGAAGAAAUGCCAGCGGGAACAGGAGCAGAAUCAAGAGAAGCAGCAGCGCAUUGAGACGCUGGAGAAGUACCUGGCAGACCUGCCCUCGCUGGACGAGGUCCAGACACAGGCUCAGCAGUUGCAGGAAGUGCAGGGCAAGAAGCAGGCUUUGGAGGACACCGUCGCCCAGCUGGAGAAAACCCUGGAGGAAAACCGAGCUCUGCUGCAGGAGAAAGACGCCCUCAUCGAGACCCAGUCCAAGCGGGAGAAAGAGCUCGUGGCUGCUGUUCAAAGCCUACAAGAGAAAGUGGAGAAGUGCUUGGAGGAUGGGGUACGGCUGCCCAUGCUGGACCUGAAGCAGCUGGAAAGGGAAAACACUCGCCUGCUCGAACAACAGAGCCAGAACAGCCUGCUGAUUGACAAUCAGAAGCAGCAGAUUGACAAACUCACUCCAGAGAUGUCGGCCCUGGAAAAGAAGUUGCAGAGGGAGAGGGGAAUCACGCAGGAGCUCCGCAAACAGCUCUUGGAACGCGAGGAAGAACUUGAAACCCUCUCCAAAACUCUUCAGCAGAACCAAAGACGGCCAGACGAGGAGACGCUGAAUGUGACCUCCGGGUCCUGUCUGAAGGAGGCCGGACCCCUGUUGAAGGAGAUGUCCCUGUGUCUGCUGGAUCUGAAGGGCCUGUGCAGUGUGCUCACACAGAGAGCUCAAGGCAAAGAGCCCAACCUGGCCCUGCUGCUUGGCAUCAAAUCUAUGAGCUGCUCGGCGGAGGAAAACGAGAAGCCGCUGAUGGAGGACGGCUUGCGGGCCAAGCUGGUGGAGGUGUGCCAGCUGAGGAAAGACAUAGACGAGCUGCGGACGGUCAUCUCGGACCGAUACGCGCAGGACAUGGGUGAAAACUGCGUGACGCAAUGAGGCUUCCCUUUCCACCUUCCCAGAGCUCAUAAAGGGAAAAUAAAAUCAACCUGAUGGAAACAAACAAGGUCUUUCUGACUACUAACGGUUGGACCAAGCUGUGAAUCCAGUUUACAAGGACGUCUUCGCAACAAGCGUUUUGUUUUUUUGAAUUUUAAAGGAGUUUGAAUGUUUUAAUGUAUUUAUUGAGACUGCUUCUCCUCACACUGUUCCUGUCAGUCGUCUUUAAGGAGAAAGUAGAGCAACUGGUGUCCUAAAGUGCCUUGUGUUCCUGUUUGUGUACCUCCAAACUUCAUGAAGCCAGUGAGUUUUACCCAAAGAAGCUGGUCCAUCAUCUACCCAACAGCUACAGGUCGCAGGUCGACGUUCAGGACGCUCUACAUCGAAACACCGAACAGGAACAGCUUUGAAAGCUUCGAGUUUUGCGUCUGAAGUGUCAUUUGUGUGGUUUAGUAUAUCUGAGCUUCCAUAAAAACUAGCAGUGGUUCAUUUCAAGAUAAACAGCAGAGGAAUCCAGGUUAAUCUAUUCAGGACACCUCAUUUUUAAUUAGAAUAAAAUAUGAGCUGCUUUUUUAACGCUGCAGCACAGUUCACUUCAGAACAGAAGUUGCACAUGUUACGUUCCAAAGGCAGACAGGAAAUGGAAUGUUAUGCACUUCCUGUGACCUCUUAACAUGCUUAUGACAUUUUAUAUACUCCGGAUAACACAUACACUACCAGUCAAAAGUUUUUGAACAGUAAUUUUUUUUUUUUUUUUUUUUUUUUUAAACAAGUCUUCUGCUCACCGAGCCUACAUUUAUUUGAGCCAAAGUACAGCAAAAACAGUGAAAUUGUAAAAUAUUUUUACUAUUUAAAAUAGCCACUUUCUAUUUGAAUACAUUUUAAAAUUCCUGUGGACCAAAGCUGAAUUUUCAGCAUCUUACUCCACUCUUCAGCAUCGCAUGAUCCUUCAGAAAUCAUUCUAAUGUGCUGAUUUUAUUACUAUAACAGUUGAGUAUUUUUUUUUCAGCAUUCUUUGAUGAAUAGAAAGAUGCAGAGAUCAGCAUUUAUCUGCCAUUAAAAAAAAAAAAAAAAAAAACACUGGGUAGUAACCAAAAAUGCUUUAAUUUUUUUUUAAUGCAUUGAGAUCUUAUAGAUUUUAACAUAAUUUUUUUUGCAGUUAAAUGUUUGUGAAUUAGAUUAAAUUUAAGUCUACAUUUAUCCCAAUGUUGCCUUUACAAAACAAUAAAAAUACAUUAAAAUUAAAAUUGGGCAGUUUACUUAAAUUAGAUUUAAAAAUUUAAUUAAAAUUAAAAAAAAAAAAAAAAAGUCUCAGAAUCAAGUUCCUGCAGAUUUUAAAAUAAAUCUAAUUCACAUUUUAAACAUUUAAAAAUAAAAAAAAAAAAAAAUAGAAAGUCUGUCUUUUAAUUCAGUCAUUUAAAAUUUUGUAUACACAUUUACACAUUACAAUAAAAAGACAUUUUGAAAAUGUAUUAUGCAAAGAUCAGCAUUUAUCUGAAAUAAAAAGCUUUUGCAGUAUACCAUCUAAAAGCUUGUUUUUUUUUUUGGAAAAUACAUUUUAGAAAUUAAUACUUUUAGCAAUGACGCUUUAAAUUGACCUAAAGUGAUAAAGACAUUUAUGUUGUUACAAAAGAUUUCCAUUUCAGAUAAACACUGUUCUUCUGAACUUUAUAUUCAAAGAAACCUGAAAAUGAUUUCUGAAGGAUCAUGUGACUAGAGUAAUGAUGCUGAAAAUUCAGCUUUGAAAUCACAGGAAUAAAUUACAUUUUAAAAUAUAUUACAAUAGAAAAGUUAUUUUAAAUAGUAAAAAAUAUUUCAAAAUUUUACUGUUUUUGCUGUACUUUGGAUCAAAUAAAUGCAGGCUUGGUGAGCAGAAGAGACGUCUUUAAAAAAAAAAAUAAAAUAAAAAAUCUUUUGACUGGUAGUGUAUAUUCCUUGUUACUGUUAGGAAUAUGGACAAAAUCAAUGCAAAACGUGUUCACUCAGGUAUUUUAAGCGUUUCUUUUAUUCGUUGUGCUUGAUCUGAAGGGAUUUAAGUGUCAGUAAGUUCAUUUUGACCCCAAGCUCAAUUUUUUAUACAGUAGUUGAUAAAGUCCAGCGAUGCGGUCAUGUCAAGCUGUGCACACGUUAUUUGCACCAAGGUGACGAAUGUUUAAGAUAUUUACAGUACAAGCGUUUAUAUACUGCUUAUGUAUGGUAACUGUAUUCUCAUUGUAUUUAAAGUAUAUUAAGCAUGUUUUCAAAUGUCAUAAUGUGCUCAUAAUAUCUCGUGCAUGUGCGUAGGUUUAGAAUUGUCUUUUUAUUUAACGAAGGGAGUAGAUAAUUAGACGUACGCUGCGCUAUGCAACCUCACGUUAACCAGCAUUUAUGACGCAUUUCUGCAGAUAUGUAAUGUUAUUCUGUGCCUUUACGAAUCUAUGCAGCAUCGAAGGGUGUUUUCUCAUAACUGGCAGAUAUGAGACGUUUCUUUCAUAAAGGUGCAGACGAGCUAAGCCAUAUUUCACAAGCAAUGCAUAUUUAUUCUCAGGCGGAGAGCUGCUCAUGACCUGAUGGAGAAUGUACAGGACAGUGAUUAUUGACAGCUGAUAGCAUGCGGAUUUGUGUAUAUAUGAAUACAAAAGCAAUGUGCACUGAUUGACAUGACCCCACUCACUGUGCACUGGAAGCCACUGGUUGGCUUAACAGUACGUUUCUCAUUAGUCUAUGAAUUCUUAAGCUUUUAAUUUUCCAGCUAGAUUUUACAAAUGCCAAAGGUCUAUUUAUGUACCAUUUUUUUCUCAAGAAGUAUUAACUAUUUUUCCAUUUUGUAAAACGCUUCUCAUUUGUACAAAUGUCAAAUAAAGUAUUUUUCUACAUUG